AUGCCAUUGUCCGUGUACGACGCCGAUGAGGAGGCAGUUUCGCCAUCCCCGGCUUACCGGACUAACACUGCGACUCAUAGCGAUUCUCAGCGAUACCUGAGCACUCGAGGUGACGACAUUGGUUUCCGCUUCCAAGACACCGUCCUGAACCCUCUGUCCUCGGACGGUGGUUUCUACCUCCCUGAGGGCACGCCCAAGCUCUCUCUGUCGGAUCUCACAAGAUGGAAGGACUUUUCGUUUCGCGAUCUCGCUUUGGCAAUCUUUUCCAUCUUUAUUUCUCCGGCUGAGAUACCCGCCGAGCACCUCGCCCAGAUCGUCGACGCCAGCUUAGCAGGUGUUCCGAAUGCAUCGUUUGCGCCCGUGACCAGGGUUGACCAGCAUCAUGGGCUGUACAUGGCGGAACUUUACCAUGGCCCAGGAGGCGUUCAUGAGGGAUUCGGGCUGAAGGCCUUGGGUGCAUUCUUGGACUAUUUUCUUGAAAGGGAAAACGUGAGCCUAGCAGGCCAAGAAAAACAUCAUAUCACUGUCAUUGAUGGGCUGGCUGGAGAGGUUGGUUUUGCGGCCGGCCAGGCGUUUCGGGGAAGGCGAAACGUCUCAUUUGUGUCACUUCAGCCGUCAUCUGAGGCGCCUUCCACGGAUGUAUCUGAAAGCCCAGAUAUUUCGGGGACCAAUGUGCAUGUCAUUGGCACGAAGAUCGCCUCAAGUCAAGAUACCAAGCAAAUUGCUAGGCAGUUGGCUCGGGAGAGCAAGCCGGGCUGCGUUCAAGACCUUGAAACGCUGCUGUGCGGAAGCUGGCCUCGCACUCUUGCGGGAAUAGCGUCAUACUUUUUUGUUUAUUUUCAAGUUGCAAGAGCGGCACCUUCCUUCAAGUUUGGGUGGGACAAGGUCAGCUUCGGCGUGCCUACUGCCGACUGGGACAUAAUAUCAGGAUUCGUUGCCCGGAGGAUGGGCUUGCCGGUGGAAAGAAUCAUAGUUGCAACCUCACAACCCGACGGUCCUCUGGACAGGCUCUGGGCGACCGGGCGGUACGAGCCGGAUUCGCAGGCGGGCAACAACAGCGCACCGUCGAUGAUGACAGCGACUCGGCAAAGCGAACGUCUAGCGAACGACGACGAUAUCUUGUUCCCGGGCCAAAACGCCAUCGAGACGGUGCCCGAGUUCCUCGUCAGCGGCCACGUCGAGCGGCUGUUCUGGUUCCUCGUGUACGAUUUUGUCACGAUGGCCGGCCACGACAUCAUGGACGCGGAGUGGGACAGGCGGCAGGCCGGCGGGGAGAUACAGACGUGGCUGCGCAAGCUGCGCUCCAAGGGCGGCUUCGGCCCCGUCUACCAAGACGUGCUGGAGAGCGGUAGACGCUGCUUCGGCUGUGAGCGUACGGGUCGCCCGCAGGUCCAAGGCACCGUUGCCGAGGUAUACCAAGGGUGCGGGGGCCUAGUCGUCGACCUUGGCGCCGCGGCGGCCAUCAAGGCGUCCAUAAAAUCCAUCAAGACCGAGAAGAUGGCCGGGUCCCGCUCCCAGGCCACGGUGCACGUGGUGUUGGGGCUGGAGGAUCCUGCCCUCAAGGUCGAGGAGCUCGAGGAGGCGUUGGGCGCUCUGGCUAGGACGCAGGGCUUUUCAUCAUGCCUGCAGAAGGUGCUGAACAGGAGUCGGGAGCUCGAGGAGAGGCGAGUCUCGGGGCGGAUAGACAUGCAUGUUGUGGCUGGAAGCGUGGAUGAGGUGAAGGCGGCGGUUGAUGCGAUCACUUGGGCUGCUAUUGAGCGGAUUGAGUAA